AUGGCCCCCGGCGUCCUCCUCGACGACGCUCCCGAGCUGCCCCACUACAUCUCAAGCAAGCGGCUGAACAACGAUGCGCCAAAAGACAUCUUCCCGGACGGUAUCCGUACCUCCGGCCAGCACCCGCCUAUCUACUCGAAGUUGAAGAAAUACAACGACUAUCCCAAGGAAAUCAGCGGUCCAACGGUGUGGAAGGCUGAAGAUUAUCAAAACAGCCCCGAGAAAUGGGUCCAUUGGUUCACCGAGGCCGAAAAGGCGGAGUUGGGCAAGGCAACGGAUGAUUUCCUUGCUACCGGAACUCCAUUGACUGGCAUUACAAAGGACAACUUCCCUCUGCCGACAUUGGGCCCGCUCAUGGAGAGCUUCCGCGAGGAUGUUCUCAACGGGAAGGGAUUCAUUCUGAUGAAGGGAUUCCCCGCGCAAGAAUGGAGCGUCGAUAAGUCUGCUACUGCAUACAUCGGCCUGGGAACUUAUUUUGGCUAUUUUGUCAGCCAAAACGGCAAAGGGCAUAUCCUCGGACAUGUCAAGGACCUUGGCGACGACCCGACCCAAAUCCACCGCGUCCGAAUCUACCGCACCAACGCUCGGCAGUUCUUCCACUGCGACACCAGCGAUAUCGUCGGACUGCUGUGUAUCCAUCGCGCAAAAGAGGGUGGGGAGUCGGACAUUGCCUCGGUGCACCAUGUGUACAACACCUUGCAAAAAGAGCGCCCAGACGUCGUCGAGACAUUGACGAAGCCUAUUUGGUACUUUGAUCGCAAGGGCGAGGUCAGCGAGGGACAGGACCCAUACAUCCGAACCCAGGUGCUCUACAUUGAGCCCACCGAACAAGGCAGAGUGUAUUGCAAAUGGGAUCCUUACUUCGUCCGCUCUCUCACUCGCUUCUCCGAAACCGGCGAGAUCACGCCUUUGUCUCCCGAGCAGUUGGAGGCGUUGAAAGUCCUCGAGGAGACCUGCAUGCGCCUAUCCCUUCAUAUGGUCUUGGACGUCGGCGAUAUUCAAUGGCUAUCGAACGAACAUGUGCUCCACUCUCGGACGUCCUACGUGGAUCAUGAUCCCCCCACCCCACGGAGACACUUGUUGCGGCUGUGGCUCUCGACUCCUGAAUCGGAAGGUGGUUGGAAGUUACCAUUCCAUGAUAGCGACGAACGCAAGCGCGGCGGAAUACAAGUUGAUAACGUCCCUCCCAAGUAUCCGCUGGAUGGCGAGUAA